AUGUCUCUCCCGAAGACGCCCAACACAUCGCUAAACUGCCCACCAACAUCUGAGGGCAAACCGUCAAAAGUCUGUGCUAUCAGUGAGGAGACAAGAGGACUUCCUGAGCUAAGGGAGAAAAGAACCAUGGUGGAUCGUUCCAAACCCCUUCCGACUUCCCUUCAGAAUGAGUUCAUCCCAGAGGAACUUCUUCUCUCUCUGUCCUAUGCAGCCGAUGCUGGACCCUGUCCAGAAAACUUACUGCCUCCUAAGAAAGCUAAAACCUCAAAGGGUACCCUUCCCAGGAUUGUAGACCAUGUCUGGCAACACCCUGUUCGCAGGAGUAAAUUUAGAUAUCUGAUUGAUCAUCCUGUCUCCCUGACAGGAGCUGGCAGGGAUAUUUCUUUUCUGUAUGAUGUUAAAUAUGUAAAAGGGGAAGUUAAGGAGAAGACUCUUCAUCCUCCAGGUUUGGAACAUUCGUUACAGUCACGUGAUGGUACCAUUGUGCCUCACAAGCCAAAGACGUUAUCAGAUACCUUGGUUCCUGAAGAGUUUCACAUCGUGUCGAACGCGGGGGUUUCAGGUUUGGAGUGUUAUGACGACAAAUACACCACUCUGCUCACAGAUAGUGAAAACAGGCUGUUACUGUUCCCAUCCAUGAAACCUAAUAAGAGAGUGGAAGUAAUCCAGCUGAACGAUGUGAUGGACACUAUGCUAGAGAGGGCUGGUGUAGAAAAUCAGAAGUAUUCAGGACCAACCAAGAUGCACCAGCUGCUACAUUUGUUGAAGAAGGAACAAACCAUUUACAAUACAGUAUUUCAUGAGCUUAUUCGACAGGUCAGUGUGGACUGCGCAGACAGAGGAGAGCUACUGUCCAAAAUCAGAGAGAGGUAUGUGCAGAUGCUUGACCAAAUUGCCCGACAGAUGAUUGAUUUCUACAAAGACUUGGUGACUCAGAGGAUGAUGGACCAGCGCAUCUUAGAAGAGCUGUACAACUUCAAGAAUGUUAUUGAGGAACUGACCAGGGAACUCUGUCUUGUUCGGGAUCAUGACAUUAAAUUAACAAAGGAAGCGGAGAAAACCCACAGAGACUUGGCAGAAGCUCUUUUAGAAGCUGAGAAGAAUGCUAAAGUUUUAGAAGAAUACCAUGACUUAUAUACACUACAAAGAAAAAGGAUGGAGAAUGAUAUUAAGCAGCUCAUGACAGAAAGAGAUAUUUGGAGCUCAGCCACAUAUGAAUUGGCUCUAAAGGUAAUUGAAAGAAACAGAGUCAUACUGGCUGAAAGACUCUACCUCAAUGAAAAAGGCUGGAGUAAAUUAGCUACACAUUUCAUCAUCAUGCUGUCAACUAAGGACACUUCAGACCAUGCACAGUUGGAGAAGUUGACAGAAAAAUGGAGAAAUUUAGUGACAGCUUUUAAAAAGGAGGUGGAAGACACUGAAGAGUCUACAAAAGAGAAAUCACAAAUUGUCAAGGAUGGCAUUAUCAAAUGGCAGAGCUUCUUCAGAGAUAAAACUGAAAAAGACGUUCUAUCUUCUAGUAAGGGAAACAUAUUCAUUUCAGUUCUUUCAGACUUCAAGGAAUGGCAAAAGUUGCUGAAUGAGGAGAAAGAAAAGUUUACUGGGGAUGUUCUAUUGUCAAAAUACGACUCACUCAAGAUUAUUAGACAUGUACAGGAAAACUGGGCAGAUGUUGGAUUUGGGAUAUUUAGUCGCCAUAGAAAUGCGGAAGGGGAGCUGCCACCAGAGAACCAGCACAUGGAGGAGAUACUGGGAAACAUAGGAAGACUCUACAAGGAAUAUGAAAUAAGAAUAAAUGGUGACAAUGGUAUCUCUAAAGUUCUUCCAAAUUUGGUUCUUUCUCUUGACUCAUGUUCGUUCAAGUUGGAAACCCUCCUAGAGAGUUCUGCUAUGGUUUUUGAAGAAUGGGGUGAAAUUAAUGGAAAACUUACUGAAAUUAAAAACAUGUUGGAUACAUUAUUAAACAUUAUUGGCACUGUUCCACAAUACAUGGACAUGGAUUCUGGCUCGACAUUGCAAACAUAUAUAUUUAAAAUGAUUCAACAAUGGCUCUUGAAUAUAGGCAAUGAAAUCACCAAUGGUAACAUUGAACUUCAUCGCAACAUGGCUGAACUGCAUAUAUCUAUGAUCCAGUGGAUGGUAAAUUUGCUGAUUGUGAUGGUUCCUGACCUUACUGAACCAUGCAUUGUCCCAAAGCUGGAGGAGGAAAUUAAGGAGGAUGAGCAGCAACAUCAGGAAAGAAUUACAGACGUAGAGCUAAAAGCCUUUGGACUGACCAGAAAGUUGGCGCAGUAUUCCAGCUAUUUGAACAGCUGUUGCAAAGGGAUGGUCAGAGCACUGGCUCUGACUAGAGCAGCUCACUUUCAAAAAAACCCUGCGAAGGACAUUCAGAAACUGGAUCAAAUGAAGAAAGAAUGUUUCGAGUGGAUCAGCACGUGCUCUUACCUCCUUUCUGAUAUCAAAGGCAAAAAAAUAGUUUUAAUGACAUUCGAAGAAGCAGAACAACUGCUUGGGGAAGAGGAAGCUGCAAAAAUCUAUAUUGAUCCUGAUAAGCCUCCCUCAGAGGAAGAUGAAACAGAAAGUGAGCAAGUUAAUGAGCCUCAGAAGGAAAUGAAAGAAGAAAUAUUAGAACAGGAACCUUCAACAUCUGCAAGCACGGAAAAAAUUUUUCGAUACAUUGGGAAAGACAAAAAUCUUUAUUCCAAACCACUGUUUGAAGAAAAGGCAUUGUCUUCCUGGAGAGAAUCAGCUAACCAAGGUACAUUGGCCCCAAAGUACCUUGAAGCAAUGGCUAUAAUGGAUCAUAUGAAAAUGAAGCUAAUAGAGUUGGAAAACAGAGCCAGACAUGCCGAGGAGAUGUUUGAUGAUGUAAAUGAGAAGUUUCAUUAUACCCUCAUAAAGAAUAGAGAUCUGGAGAAGGAACUAGAGGAAGUGUCCAAGCAAGUUGGAAAGGACUCUGAAAGAGGACCAGAAACUGAAAGAGAAAAAGUGCAGGUGGAUGAAGAAAAUACCAAAGAGUUGGAAGGCCAAGAAGAAAGAGCAGAAGAACAAGAAGGAAGAGGAGCAGCAGGAGGAGAAGAGGAAGAAGUCAGGCCAGUAAAAAAGUCCUUAAAACAGCGAAAGAAAGAGACACACUCGAAGGAGGAUAUUCCCAAAUCUGGAUCCCGGACCAAACCCAAUAGCAAGAAAUUCAAGUAGCGUCCACA